UUGGAGAGAUAACGAAAAGCAUGUCGUGCCGCAACACAAUAUCACUCAUAAAGUUACUCGCUUGCUGUGAGUAGUCUUCUCUACCUCCAUGCCACCGCAAGGUGAGGACGACCAAAGAUAAAGCCAAAGAGACCAGCGGUCAAACAGCACCAGGACGCUCUCUGUUGAUCGGCUUCUGCAUAUUAGUCCAGAGAUCUGGCCAGACCUGGAAAUUUGCUGCAAACAUGAGCACCACGCGUCCCACAAAAAAGAUGGAGGACGAGGCCGUGCUGGACCGCGGGGCGUCCUUCGUCAAGCACGUCUGCGACGAAGAGGAGGUGGAGGGUCACCACACCGUGUACAUCGGCGUGCACCUGCCCAAGAGCUACCGGCGGCGGCGCCACCACCGGCGCCACGCGGGCCACGCGGGCCACAAGGACAGGAAGGAGCCGUCCAAUGAGAACCCGUCUGACAAGUCGGACACGGAAACCAACGAGCAGGCCAGCCGCAGCAUCCUCAGACCCCUCAUCUCGCCGGCGGCCGAGCGGAUCCGCUUCAUCCUCGGGGAGGAGGACGACGGCCCCGCGCCGCCCCAGCUCUUCACGGAGCUGGACGAGCUGCUCUCCGUGGACGGCCAGGAGAUGGAGUGGAAGGAGACGGCCAGGUGGAUCAAGUUCGAGGAGAAGGUGGAGAAGGGCGGCGAGCGCUGGAGCAAGCCCCACGUGGCCACGCUGUCCCUCCACAGCCUGAUGGAGCUGCGCACGUGCAUCGAGAAGGGCACCGUCAUGCUGGACAUGGAGGCAUCCACACUGUCCCAGGUGGUCGAGAUGAUCACGGACAACCAGGUGGCCAACAACAUGCUGAAAGCAGAGCUUAAGGAGAAGGUGACGUACACGCUGCUGAGGAAACAUCGCCACCAGACCAAGAAGUCCAACCUGCGCUCCCUGGCCGACAUUGGCAAGACGGUCUCCAGUGCAAGUAGGCUGUUUUCCAACCAGGAGAACGGCAGUCCCACCCCCACACACCGCAACCUGACGUCCAACAGCAUGAACGAUAUCUCAGACAAGCCCGAGAAAGAGCAGCUGAGGAACAAGUUCAUGAAGAAGUUGCCCAGAGACGCCGAGGCCUCCAACGUGCUGGUGGGCGAGGUGGACUUCCUGGACGCCCCCUUCGUGGCGUUUGUCCGCCUGCAGCAAGCUGUGAUGCUGGGGGCCCUGACGGAGGUGCCCGUUCCCACAAGAUUCCUAUUCAUUCUCCUUGGCCCAAAAGGCAAAGCAAAGGCAUAUCAUGAGAUUGGAAGAGCCAUCGCUACUCUCAUGUCGGACGAGGUGUUUCACGACAUCGCCUACAAGGCCAAAGACAGAGGGGACCUGUUGGCCGGCAUCGAUGAGUUCCUGGACGAGGUGAUCGUUCUGCCCCCAGGGGAGUGGGACCCGGCCAUCAGGAUAGAGCCUCCAAAGUCCAUCCCGUCCUCGGGCAAAAGAAAGAAUAUGUUCUCCGGAGGGGACAACUCCCAGAUGAACGGGGACAUGCCUCACGACGGGGGUGGAGGAGGAGGUCACGAAAUAGGGGAUGAACUGAAGAAGACCGGAAAGUUUUGUGGCGGUCUCAUAUUGGACAUCAAGCGGAAAAUGCCGUUCUUCGUCAGUGACUUCACGGACGCAUUCCACAUUCAGGCCCUGUCGGCCAUUCUGUUUAUUUACUUGGGCACUGUAACAAACGCCAUCACCUUCGGUGGUCUGCUUGGGGACGCCACGGAUAACAUGCAGGGCGUUUUGGAGAGCUUCCUGGGCACAGCGAUCGCCGGGGGCCUGUUCUGCCUGCUCGGGGGACAGCCGCUCACUAUUCUCAGCAGCACAGGCCCUGUGCUGGUGUUUGAACGGCUGCUUUUCAACUUCAGCAAGGACAACGCCUUCGACUACCUCGAGUUCCGGCUGUGGAUUGGCCUUUGGUCGGCGUUCUUCUGCCUGGUGCUGGUGGCCACCGACGCCAGCUUCCUGGUGCAGUACUUCACCCGCUUCACGGAGGAGGGCUUCUCCUGCCUCAUCAGCUUCAUCUUCAUCUACGACGCCUUCAAGAAGAUGCUGAAGCUCGCCCACCACUACCCCAUCAACUCUGACUUUAGAGUCGAUUACGUCACGCAGUACGACUGCCUCUGUAUGGCCCCGGCCAUCCUCGAGAAUAGUUCGUUUGAGAUCCCAGAGUCGCUCGAUGGCUCUUCAGUCUGGUUAUGGAACAAUACUGAGCUGCCCAUGAACGCCACCUGGUCGUCCCUCAGCGAGAAGGACUGCCUGAAGUACGGCGGGGAGCUGGUGGGCAAGGCCUGCGGCUUUGUGCCCGACAUCACCGUCAUGUCCUUCAUCCUGUUCUUUGGCACCUACUCCACCUCCAUGUGUCUGAAGAAGUUCAAGACCAGCCCCUACUUCCCCACCACUAUGAGGAAGCUGAUCAGUGACUUUGCGAUCAUCUUGGCCAUUCUCAUCUUCGUCGGGGUUGAUAUGCUGAUGGGUCUGGAGACCCCCAAACUCAUUGUGCCAACCGAGUUCAAGCCCACGAGUCCCAAAAGGGCGUGGUUCGUGCCCCCCUUCGGAGGGAACCCCUGGUGGGUGUACCUGGCGUCAGCCCUGCCUGCCCUCCUGGUCACCAUCCUGCUCUUCAUGGACCAGCAGAUCACCGCUGUCAUCGUCAACAGGAAGGAGCACAAGCUCAAGAAAGGGGCUGGCUAUCACCUGGACCUGUUCUGGGUAGCCGUCCUGAUGAUCGUGUGCUCCUUCAUGGGACUGCCGUGGUACGUGGCGGCCACCGUGAUCUCCAUCGCCCACAUCGACAGUCUGAAGAUGGAGACGGAGACGUCGGCGCCCGGGGAGCAGCCUAAGUUCCUGGGUGUGAGAGAGCAGAGAGUCACCGGCCUGUGUGUCUUCCUCCUCACCGGCCUGUCGGUCUUCAUGUCUCCUAUUCUCAAGUUCAUUCCCAUGCCUGUGCUGUACGGAGUCUUCCUCUACAUGGGCGUGGCCUCCCUCAAGGGUGUGCAGUUCAUGGAUCGUCUGAAGCUGCUGCUGAUGCCGGCUAAACAUCAACCAGACCUGGUGUACCUGCGGCACGUGCCGCUGAGGAAGGUGCACCUGUUCACCUUCAUCCAGAUCCUGUGCCUGGCGCUCCUCUGGGUCCUAAAGUCCACCGUUGCCGCCAUCGUAUUCCCCGUCAUGAUCCUGGCUCUGGUGGCGGUGAGGAAGGCCAUGGAUUACAUGUUCUCUCAGCACGAGCUCAGCUUCCUCGACGACGUCAUCCCGGAGAAGGACAAGAAGAGGAAGGAGGACGAGAAAAAGAAGAAGAAGAGAGGCAGCAUGGACAGUGACGUGGAGGAUUCUGACUACCCUUACAAUGAGAAAUCACCCAGCAUUAAAAUACCUAUGGAUAUGAUGGAGAAGGAGCCCUUCUUAGGGGAUAAGUCCUUCGACAAGGGAGAGAAGUCCCCGGCUUUCCUUGACCGGCACACUUCGUGCUGAGCAGCUGCGGUACUACCAGUCCAACUGUAAAUCCAGCCCUGAGUUGCACCCUCUCAACUGCGUGCCUCAGAUCAGGAUAGAAAUGGACCCCGACGACGAUGACGACGACGACGAAGACAACGGAAUCUUCUGGAAGACCAGAGGGUCUGAAACAUCACUGUAGGGCAGAUGACUGCCCACUAGCCCUGCCUUUUUUAUUUUGUCUCUUGAAAUGUUUUCAAAUAACACAACCAUGGUAGAACGAUAACACUGUUUAUGAUACGGGAAGGCACAAACGAUAGGAGGAUAUAAUGGUAUAGCUCCACUUUGAAAUACUGACGAAACCCUUUUUUCCAAUAAGGGGGGACUCUUUGUGACUUUAGGAGCCAUGAGUCAUUUUUCACUAUUCUGGAGUCUGCGUUGCCACCAACAGAAACAAUGAGAGGUGCCAUUUGUUUAUAUGAUUCUAUGCAAUUCAUCAAGCACCUAUUGCUGAGUUCGGUUAAAAAUGGACGACAAUAAAAAGCUGAAGUGUAUCGGUGUAGAGAUUGCCCUCCUUGCUGUUUUUAUAUCCUAAUAUAUCUUUUCUGUUUUGGAUUUUUAUAUAAACUGAAUUAUUCUAAGGACAUUUUCCUGUAGCAGGAAAAUCAUAUUUUGUGUAGCUCUACCUCUUGAUUUAGAUUCAAAGCUUAUUGUGAAAUAAUUAAACUAACGUCGAUUUUCUUUUUUAAGCAGCAUGAUGUUUUAUUAAAUUAAUUGUUUUUUCCCCCUGUUCUUCCGAUGAAAGAUGAACUAUGUUUCUUCUCAAUAGGGAAAUGUGUGUAAAAUAUAGAUAUACAUGCAACAUGUGAUAUAUAUAAAAUUGUACUUUAAUUUACAACGUUUGGUAACAAUGUCUACUUUUUUUUCACCGGACUCUUAGCAUUUUCUUGCUUUUGAAUUUCAAGGUGGACUAACACCUUGUAGUCUUUUGGUACAAUUAUUCAAGGUCUCACUGUUGAUCUUAAAUCAAAAUGUUUCCAUGGAUCUUUUAACCUUUGUGUUCUGCAUGUGUUUAUAACUUUUGUGUUGGUUUUUCUUGAUGGUCCGUUUUCCUCUAAGUUAGCACCCACUCUUGAGGCGAAUAACAUGUGAUAUUCCUAAAUCUAACUAAGAAUGCAUAUCGUUGUUUUGCUUGUGCUGCACAUAAUACUUUACCGAAGUGGCUUAUCAGAGGGCGAUCUCGCGGGAUUUGGUAACAAUCUGAUGAGUGAGGAAAUCCAUGUUGCUCUCUGCCAAAUCACACCGGCCACCACACACACUGUCCAAUACUAUAGCCCAGAGAAAUGUAUAUCUUAAUGGGUGUAAUAAUGGUAUCUUCUCAAUGUUUCUCUGUGAACACAGAGACGAGGGAUGUGUGAGUUGCAUUCCCUGAAGUGAGGCACAUCCACAGCAACAGUCACAAAGAGAAGAGAUGAAGGCACUAAUGUUAACCAUACGAAUACAUUUUGGCAUUGAGUGGACGGCAAUGUCCACAGAAAGACAAAGUGGCUAGCCUCGUAGUGCUCGGGGUGUCAAUAUAUGAUUAUUGUCUCCAGGCUACAGAAGAGGCUUCUCAUUGGCAUUACAUGGUCAUUAAAAGGGUUGUUACCGCAACGGACGAGGCUAAAGUGUGGGCAAGGCUGAGUGCAGAUUUGACCUGAGAGCUGAACUGGAUCUCCACUAUACGUGACAUGAUGAAAAGGUUAUUUUCUUCUGUGGCUGGGUGACGUAAGAGCCGCCUUCUUCCUUUUGUAAAUCAUGUACAUAUCAGCAUGUUGGCAUGCAACAAAAUGCAUCACCCCUCUUUUUGUCCUUAGGGUUUCAUUUGGUUUAGUUCUCUUCCUCAAAUGAAUACAAUAUAGCAAAAAAUAAUUUAUACUUUGUUUCUCUGAUCAUUGUUUUAGCACUAUAUAUAUAUAUAUAUAUAUAUAUAUAUAUAUAUAUAUAUUUGCAUAAUUGAUAAAAUGUCGAGUUUGAGUAUGUCAUGAGCAUGGCAGCCUAUAUGUUAAAUAAAAUGCAAAUUUUAGUCGACAAAAUAACUUUUAUGAAUAUUUAGAACUGGUUAAAUGAUUUAUUUUAGAAUUUAUAUUUUUCAAAUGAAUUGUAUAUUGAAAAUAAAGACAACUAU